UCCAUGACCCACCAUGCUUUCAAUUGCUUAGUGGAACAAGAAAGGAUGCCACCACAAAGGCAUGGCAUUUUCUGCAUGGAGCAUGGUGGCUUAAGGUAUGGAAGCAAUUUAUAAGGCAUUUAUGAUAAUGCAACAAUCAACUUUGGUUCAUCAACCUCUAUGCAAAUUCAAUUCUCCCCAUCUUUGAUUUGUGGAGCUUUGAUGGUGUUUUACUCCAAAGAGAUAUGUGUGUUGGGACAUGGACCAAAGACAGCAAGUAAGCUUCAAGGGUCAACACCCCAUGAUCAGCUACUAAUUCAAACCUCAGAUUCCUUCUCUGGCUUGUUGUUGUUCACCAUUGGGUUCCUUGUGUUCAUGGUUGCUUGUGUUAAGGACUGGGAGUUCCAAAAUUUCUUUGCCAAAGGGUGUGUGCUUCUUCACAUUUCUAUGGCAGUGUGGAGAUUCUAUUUUGAGGGGAAACUCGAAGAUCUUUCACAUGAUUGGCCUAGGCAUGCUGUUGGGGACAUUGCAUUGGCCAUUUCUUGGGUCUUCUUUCUUGUGUACAUGUGGAGAGAGAAAUAUGAUUAGUUAGUGUAAAGUGUAAACUUGUAAAUGUUAUGUUAGGUUUUGUAGAUGAACACUACCAAAGCAAGGUUGAGCUUUAUUAAGAAAGGUCCAAAAUUUUUCAAGCUCUAGAUACAAAUUGCUUAUGAGAAAUUGAGAUCACAUUUGAUGAAAAACUUUGGUUUGGUGCUGUGGUUGCUUGUUGGGUUCAUCUGUACACGUGUACAAUUUUCAAUGUAAAUUUUCAAUGGACCAUAA